AUGGGUUGCUGUGGUUGUAGAGGCAGCUGUGGCGGCUGUGGCGGCUGUGGUGGCUGCGGUGGUGGCUGUGGUGGCUGCGGUGGCUGCGGUGGCUGUGGUGGUGGCUGUGGCUGUACCACCUGUACCUGCCGCCGCGUGGGCUGCUGCUCUGCCUGCUGCCCCUGCUGCUGUGGCUGCUGUGGCGGCUGCUGUAGCCCCACUGUUGUCUGCUGCCGCCGCACCUGCUGCUGUAACUCUUGUGGCUGUGGCUCCUGUGGCUGUGGCUCCUGUGGCUGUGGCUGUGGCAAGGGCUGUUGUUGCCAACAGAAAUGCUGCCAACAGAAAUGUUGCUGCAAGAAGCAAUGCUGCUGCUAAAAGGGAACAAUCAGAGUAGGACUUCUGGCAAUGAUCUUCUAGGGACUCCUGCACAGCAUCAAGGUAAGACUUCCUUCUGCCUUGAUUUUUCUGCUUCUCUCUGACUGGUAAGUCAUCUUGGGGUUGUAUCAGUGGUGAGUAUCUUGCAUUCUGUGCUUGCUGUAGUGAUGUCUUAAUAACUCCUAGGAUCACACGGGUGCUUUAAUUUGGAAAGUGCCCAUUUCCACAAAUGGGCUUUCCAAAAAGGGCCCCAUUCAAUUUUCCCAAAUUUCAUUCAUAUCAUUGGGUCAACAAUGGAUUCAUGAUUUUUAGCAUUUUUUAUUAUUGAAAUUUCUACUCUCUUAUAAAUGCCUGUGUUCAUAUUUCUAUUUGGGGGGAACGUAUUGAAUAUUCACUGCUUUUUCUUCCAUUUCUGUAUCUUUCAAUGUAUGUUUCUUAAUAAAAUGGACUUAAUUUCAUUUAAAAAUA